AUGAUCGUAUUUUCUUUUAAAUAUUUCAUUUCUUCAAUAGAAUUGAGGUAGUCUUUCUCUAUUUUAAUGAAGACUCUUUAGUUGAAAGUGUCUAGCGUCUUUCCUCUCCCUAUUAGAGAGUAAGAUUUUUUAUGUUAGAGUGAAAAUUAUGGUUUAUUUUCAUUUAUAUGCGCUUCUUUCUAAUAAUUAAGCAUUCUCCAUCCAAAAACUAGUUAGGCUUUGAAAUUUCUAAUACAAAAAAUAACAAAAACGAACUAAAAAGAUUUAUUAUAUUCCCUUUUUAAACAACAAAAAAAUCACCAUUCAUUUAUUAUAAAUUUAAUAAUGCAUUUUGCAAAGCUUUUUGCGACCAUCAUUUUCUUUUUUAAAUUCAUAAAUUAUUUUAACUUUAUUUCUCAUAAUACUAUGAUAAAUUUCUUAUAUCAAACUGGGCUAAUAAUUUGA